AUAAAACCCCCGUAAAAAUUUAAGCAAUAUAAUAUCCCUCGUAAACUUAAGCAUAUCCUUUCGCAAACUCACGUACCUAAAUUAAAAAAAAAAAACCCUUUGUCUUACAAUGCAUUUACCUCCAACAAACCUUAUGGAAAACAUUUCAUACGCUCAAAUGGGCCUAAUGCAUGUUGAUGAUUCCAGCAUCCUUAAUCCCUAUUCUGGUUUUGCUGAGGUGGAUCUUCCCCAAUUAUCAUUAGCGCCCGAUGAGAACCAAUCUCAAUCUGAUGAUGGAAUAUUGUUGGAUACCCAAAGACUCCAAACUCAACACACUACCGAAGGCUACCGAGAUGGUAUCAUUGCCGGAAAAGCCGAAAGCAUUCAGAUAGGAUUUGACGAAGGCUUCGACCUAGGUGCAAACCUAGGACUGAAGGCUGGUCGGAUACUUGGUCUUAUUGAAGGCGUCGCUACCGCCUUAAACGAAUCUGGUCACCACAGUUCGGCAUAUAUUGAUCAACUUCUCUCAAACGCAGCCGAAGAAUUAAGCACAGACUCUAUAUUUUCCGAAAAAUACUGGGCGUCGGAUGGAACUUGGAAAUAUCUGGUCGUCGGGUCUACUACCGAGGGCGAUAUCCUGCUUGAGGAUGUUGCAAACGAACAUCCCGCUAUUAUGAAGUGGGAGGCAGUCAUUAACGAAGAAGUAAUAAGAUGGAGUAUAGAUCAGAACUUGCCUAUCCUUGGUGAUAACGCGUUCCUACUCGAAGGAGAAGAAUCGUCAGUUAGACAGACUCCUCUACGACCGUCUGUCGACUGGUGAUAGCAGGUCGCCGGCAACUGAUAUGGCUCCUGACACUUCUACAGCCAUCCCCUACAUUUUUAUGAAUUGCCGUUUUAUGAUAGGCCUUUAUGGAUGUAGAAAAUAGCUUGUUAUCAAAUGGGCUUCAUUAAAGCCAUCAUUCCUGGUGAAAGCGCCUAAUUAAUGCUAUAGUUACCCCAAAGUUAUUUCAAGGCACCUUUCAUUGUUCCCCUUAAGAGUGGCAGUUGGACAGGGCCCGGAUCUGACCUGCGCCCUGCUCCGCCCUCACCGUGUUCUUCUUUCGUACUCGCCAUCUCCCUGGCCACGAAGAAACCGAGGUCCUUGAUACGCCGUAAGCCGU